GUCGACGUGUACGCGACGUGGUGCGGGCCGUGUAAGCUCAUCGCUCCGAUGCUCUCCCGCAUCGCUCAGCGCCUCGGCUGCGAGGCGCGGGUCUGCAAGCUCGACUCAGACGCGGAGCCCGACCUGUCCUCGGAGCUGCGCGUCGCCGGCCUGCCGACGCUGCUCUUCUUCGCCGAGGGGAGGGAGGUGCACCGGCUCGAGGGCGUGCCAGGCAACGAGGAUGCGCUGGCCGCGAUCGUGCGCGAGCACUUGGGCGUCGAGGUGUGA